GAGGCCACGUAGAAACAACAGGAAAAUAAUCUUCUUAUGUUGUUUUUGACACGUUAAGUUCAUGAAAUUAAAUUUAAAUUUUGUUAAAAAAAACAAAUUUAAUUCAUUUCUACGUCUGCAUAUUCUCUAAAAAUGCCGCUAAGAUUAGACAUCAAACGGAAGUUGUCGGCCCGUUCAGACAGGGUGAAGUGCACAGACCUGCACCCAACUGAGCCAUGGAUGUUGGUCAGCUUGUACAAUGGGAAUGUUCACAUUUGGAACCAUGAGUCCCAGACAAUGAUCAAGUCCUUUGAAGUCUGUGACCUACCUGUGAGAGCUGCAAAGUUUGUUGCUCGUAAGAGCUGGGUCAUCACUGCAUCUGAUGACAUGCAUGUUAGAGUAUUCAACUAUAACACGCUGGAACGUUUGCACCAGUUCGAAGCCCACUCCGAUUACGUCCGGUCCAUCGCUGUCCAUCCAACACAAAGCUUCAUCCUCACUAGCAGUGAUGACCUCUUCAUUAAGUUGUGGGAUUGGGAGAAAAAGUGGACAUGUACCCAAGUAUUCGAGGGCCACACGCACUACGUCAUGCAGGUCGUCUUCAACCCGAAAGACAACAAUACCUUUGCUAGUUGCUCCCUGGAUAGGACUAUUAAGGUGUGGAAUCUAGGAUCGAGCACUCCAAAUUUUACUUUGGAAGGACAUGAGAAGGGCAUAAAUUGCAUUGAUUACUACCAUGGUGGUGACAAACCCUAUCUCAUCUCUGGAGCCGAUGAUAGACUGGUUAAGAUUUGGGACUAUCAAAACAAAACAUGUGUUCAAAGCCUGGAAGGGCAUGCACAGAACAUUUCAUGUGUGGCAUUCCAUCCUGAACUUCCCAUCAUCCUUACCGGAUCAGAAGAUGGCACGGUCAGAGUGUGGCAUGCCAACACGUAUCGUCUUGAAAGCACAUUGAACUAUGGCCUGGAGAGGGUAUGGACAAUCUGCUGCCUCAAGGGCUCCAAUAAUGUUGCUCUAGGUUAUGACGAGGGCAGCAUCAUAAUCAAACUUGGUAGAGAAGAACCAGCGAUGUCCAUGGACUCGAGUGGGAAGAUAAUUUGGGCGAAGCACUCGGAAAUUCAGCAGGCUAACAUAAAGUCACUGAGUGAUCAGGAGGUGAAGGAUGGAGAGAGGCUGCCUCUCAACAUCAAGGACAUGGGCAGUUGCGAGAUCUACCCGCAGACCAUCGCUCACAACCCUAAUGGAAGAUUCGUGGUGGUUUGUGGAGAUGGCGAGUACAUAAUCUACACUGCCAUGGCCCUACGUAACAAAAGUUUUGGGCAGGCUCAGGAGUUUGUGUGGGCCAACGACAGUUCUGUGUACGCCAUCAGGGAGACAAGUAACACCGUUCAAAUUUACAAAAACUUCAAAGAGGUAAAGUCUUUCAAGCCAGAGUAUGGUGCUGAAGGCAUCCAUGGUGGUUUCUUACUGGGGGUGAGGUCAGUCAGUGGGUUGGCCCUCUACGACUGGGAGACCACCACCCUGGUCAGGAGGAUAGAGAUUGCUCCAAAAUAUCUAUUUUGGAACGAAAGUGGUGAGCAGCUGUGCAUAGCCACAGAGGACUCGUUCUACAUACUCAGAUACAAUGUGGAGGCCUUUGAAAGAUCCAAGGAUAAACCAGAGAUGGUUACAGAGGACGGCAUUGAGGAAGCCUUUGAUGUUGUAGGAGAGAUACAGGAGUCAGUGAGGACAGGUUGUUGGGUGGGCGACUGCUUCAUAUACACCAACAGUGUCAACAGGCUGAACUACUACGUCGGUGGCGAGAUUGUCACCAUUGCUCACCUGGACAGAGUUCUGUAUCUUCUUGGAUACAUUCCAGGUGAAAAUCGGUUGUACCUUGGAGACAAGGAGUUGAAUGUCGUCACCUACUCCCUUCUCCUGUCUGUCCUCGAGUACCAGACUGCAGUCAUGAGAAGAGAUUUCGAAACUGCUGACAAAGUGCUUCCAACUGUUCCCAGGGAGCAAAGGACUCGGGUUGCACAUUUCCUAGAAAAACAGGGUUUCAAAUCGCAGGCACUGGCAGUGACAUGUGAUCCAGAGCACAAGUUUGAUCUAGCUCUACAAUUGUCUGACUUGAAAAUUGCCUACCAACUAGCCAAGGAGGCUGAGUCGGAACAGAAAUGGAAGCAGCUGGCAGAACUGGCAACAAGCAAGUGUGAGUUUGCUUUGGCUCAGGAAUGUCUGCACCAUGCACGUGACUUCGGAGGUCUUCUCCUGCUGGCGAGUUCCUCUGGAAAUGUUGGCAUGGUCGAAAAACUUGCUGAGUCUGCUGAGUCAAGAGGGCAGAACAAUGUUUCAUUCCUAUCUUAUUUUGUCCUGGGCAAGCUGGAAGAAUGCUUGGAACUGUUGAUUUCAUCAAACAGACUCCCUGAGGCGGCAUUUUUUGCCAGGACAUAUCUGCCAAGUCACAUAUCUAGAGUUGUUGCGAAAUGGCGAAGUUUCCUGGCACUGAAGAACCCGAAGGCCGCCCAAUCACUGGCCGAUCCGUCGGAGUACGACAACCUCUUCCCUGGUUUGAAGGAUGCUUUCAAGGCCGAACAGUUUCUGAAGGUCGAAAGGUCAAGGCCGGUCAAGGCUUCUGAUUAUCUGCAACUUGUGCCUAACUCUGAAAGAUCUCCCAUCAAAGAAAUGUUAGAAGCAGAAGAGGAGGGUCGCUUCACUUACAUUCCCCCGAGUCAGUCGGAAGUGAAAACUGAUGAUGACAUCAUAGAUGACGUCACUAAUGACACCAGCAUUGGGGAAGGAAGAAAGAAAGAGUCCACCAAUCAGAAUGUUGAACAUGUUGUCGAGGUAAAACGAAGCCACUCCCCUCACCUGCGAUUAGAUGACGAACAGGCAUCAGAAAUGCAUCAUCAUCAACAUCCUCUACCGCCACAACAACAUGAACAGCCACAACAAAAUAUUCAACCACAACAACCGACGCCUAUGAAAGUUGAAGAAAAACCACCACAGCCACCACCAGCACAACAAACAACGACAACUAACAGCAUCAAGCCCCCAACAACUACAGCAGCAGCAGUUGACGAUGACGAAGAUGCUGAUCUGGAGUUGGACCUUGAUAAUAUCAAACUCGAUGAAAAUAUUGAUUCUACUACGCUUACUACAGACGAUAUAGAAGACUGGGAAUGAUGAUGUCACUGAUGACGAAGAAGAUGACGAAGAAGAAGGCGAUUACGAUGGUGUCGAUGGUAAAACUGAUGAUGAUGACCGUCGUAAUGAUAAUGAUGACGUACUUGAUGAUGAUGAUGAUGAUGAUGAUGAUGAAGAUGAUGACGACGAUGACUAAUCCUUUUAUGAUAUAUUAUUCUUUGUUUUUUGUCUUCUAAGUUACGAUGCUACACCAUUUGUUCGGGUUAUUUAUGUUAUGUUUAUGUGCGUACGUAUUAGCUGUGUUUUUAAAUUGAGGUGAGAUAUCUGUGUAUAUAUAUAUCUUAAUCUGUAUGUAUGUAUGUACACGUCUUUUAGGUCCAAAAGUUGAACGCUAAAUAAUACAUUUCUAGGUGUUCACACAUAAAUAAUAAUAAUUAGAAUUUUCACUAUUAUUAUUAUUAUUACUAUUAUUAUUAUUAUUAGUUUAUUAUUUUUGUUUUCUUAUUAUUUCUCAAAUGUUCAUAAUUAGCGCUAUUGUAAAUAUACGUUGAAAAUGUGAGAUAAUAAGAAAUGAUUAUUAUUAUUAUUGUUGUUGCUAUUAUUGUUUGGUUUUAAUUUUUCUCUUUUUCUAUAUUUGUUUGCCAUAGUUAAACUAAUAAGCUAUGAAAGGUCAUCUUUGUUUAUUAUAUUAGUUUUGAUGUUUUUUAAAAUACUGGUAUUGUUAUUUAUCAUUUUUUAAAUUGAUUAGUUGGUUGAUUGACUGAUUGAUUGAUUGGUUAAUUGACUGAUUGAUUGAUUGGCUAAUGUUUUAGGUAAAUGAAUGGACGAAUGAAUGCAUUGAAGAAGUUAAUGUUUUCAAUUCAUCUAGAAGAUAAUAAUUAACGAAUAAAUAAUACAAAUACGUCCUAUGUUGUUU